AUGCGUGCAUCUGACAUCUCUUCUUGUUUUAGGUUUGGCAACAUUGUUGAAGACAAAUGUUGUAAUAAUUCCAACUUAGUUUUUGAUUGUCUUGCUGCAGAAAACGAGCAGCAGCUGCACCCUGCAAUUGCCAGUGGCACAACUAUUUACAGGGAAUUGAAUAUAGUGGCCUUGAUGGGUAAUGCUUGUGCAGGGAAGUGCAAUUCAAAGAGUGGUUUCGUUCUGUCAACCUCUGAUGAUACAUCAGGAUUUUGCUUCCAAUCCCAAUAUGACUCGGUUUCUAACCGUAAAAGUACAAAACCUGUCAAGGAAACCCCACUUCCUAUCCUAAACAAACCCCCAAAACAAAUGGUCAUGCAAACUGAUACUGUGUUACAGAAAAUGUCAGAAGAUGAUUUUAUGGCAGUAUUCACUUUAGGGAGGAAGCUUGGGCAGGGACGUUUUGGGACAGUGUUUCUUUCUGUUGAGAAAUCAACAGGUAGAGAGUAUGCCUGUAAAUUGAUUGAGAAAAGAAAGUUGGUCACUUGCGAGGAUGUAAGAGAUCUGAGAAGGGAAAUUCAGAUAAUGCGACAUUUGAAUGCAAAUCCAAAUGUUGCAUCUAUCCGAGAUGCUUAUGAGGAUUCUAAGGCAGUGUAUAUUGUUAUGGAGUUCUGCAGUGGUGGUGAGCUUUUUGACGGGAUCAAAGAGCGAGGUUGCUAUACGGAAAAAGAGGCAGCUAAGCUUGUCAGGACUAUUGUAGCAGUGGUGCAGGGUUUUCAUUCUUUAGGUGUUAUGCAUCGAGACCUUAAGCCUGAGAAUUUUCUCUUUCUCCAUCAUCAGGAGGAUUCACCUCUCAAGAUAAUUGAUUUCGGAUCAUCAACUUUCUUCCUGCCAGGAGAAAGUUUUAGGGACGUUGUUGGUAGUCCAUAUUAUGUUGCACCCGAAGUCUUGCAAAAGCAUUAUGGUCCUGAAGUUGAUAUUUGGAGUGCUGGGGUGAUUCUUUACGUUUUGUUAAGUGGGGUGCCUCCAUUCUGGGCUAAAACGGAGAAAGAGAUUUAUCAAGAGGUUUUACAUGGAGAUCUUGAUUUCUCAUCAGAACCUUGGCCUGUUAUAUCAGAGAGUGCCAAGGAUUUGAUGAGGAGAAUGCUUGACAAAAACCCAGCUACAAGGAUAGCUACAGGUGAAGUACUGUCUCACCCUUGGGUUAGGAUUAAUGGCAUAGCCCCUGACAAGCUUAUCAAUUCCUGAAUU